AUGGAUCCUGUUUCGGCAAUCGGUCUUGUGUCCUCGAUCAUCACAAUUGUCGAUACUAGCUGUGAAGCCGUUCAGUUGUACCGCGAGAUCAGGGAAACGGGGAGUAUCCGGGCGAAUAAAGAUCGAGAGGACAUCGCAAGAUGGCUCGGAAACGGUGCAGAUGCUCUGGCGGCCCGCAUCCGCAGCACAGCUGAGCCGGUGUCGUCUGAGAACCGUGAAUUCCUCCAGAUAUCUGAGGCCUGUUGUGACACGGCGAAGGCCCUGAGCAAGGAGAUUCAUCGCCUUCAAGAUACCAAGAAACCGGCAGUGCUCAAGCUUGCAGCGUCAAUCUGGAGUAGCAGAAAGAUCGCAAAGAUUGAAAGCCAACUCGAACACUACUCGAACGUACUCGACUCCACCAUCCUUCGAAGACUGGACUCAGAAUCUGUGAUGCAGCUGCAUAACUUCGAGGACCUCAAUUUGAAGACUCAGCAGCUGUCCAUUGCCGUUUCCACCGGCUUUCAAACGGUGGACCAAUUACGGCCGAAGCUUCUGGCAGACAUGGAGAAUGCUACUCAGAUCAUCACCAAGCACCAGGAAGAUCAAGCUCAACAAAUGCGAGACGUGUUCAUUCGGCAGGAGGUACAGAACCGGGCGAUUGCAGCUCGCGAGAGCAACAUCAAAUCACUCCUUGGAAGCCUUUUCUUCGCCGAAAUAUUUGCCCGCGAAGAAGUGAUUGCAGAGCCAGAUGAGACAUCUUGCAGCUUCAUUUUCUCUGCCAAAUGGGAUGACAAACGCCACCGUAUCGACGAAACAGGAGCAUCCCUCUUCGCCGACUGGCUUCAGAGCAGUCAAAGCUUGUUCUGGCUCACUGGCAAGGCCGGCACUGGAAAGAGCGUGAUCAUGAAGUAUGUCCAUGCUCACAAGACGACUUUGGAGAAUCUCACGCUCUGGGCUAGCCAGUCUUCUGCUAGCCAGUCUUCUAGAACGGGCCUGACGACGUCUGAUGUGAUUAUACUUCGCCAUUUUUUCUGGAAGCCCGGUUCCGAUCUCCAACGCUCCCCGAAGGGGUUUCUUCAAUCGUUACUAUGGCCACUCUUGAAAAAGUCCACACGUAUCCUGGGAUGCCGUACUGAAAUCGACGCACUCCCCUCUCUUUGA